AUGCACAGAGCGUGGAUACUCUUCUUUCUAAUAGAAGAGGGUUUCGCUCUGGCACAGAGAACUAAAGACUCCCCAAGCGAUCAUGGUGGCCAGAGCCCCAACCAGAACGACUGUGGCACGUGGGUCCGCAACAUCAAUGGCGGGGUGUUCACGUCGCCAAACUACCCCAACACCUACCCGCCCAACAAGGAGUGUGUUUAUAUCCUGGAAGCUCUUCCUAGACAAAGGAUUCAGCUAGCUUUUGAUAAGAAUUACUACAUCGAGCCAUCAUUCGAGUGCCGCUUCGAUCACAUCGAAAUCCGCGAUGGGCCAUUCGGGUUCUCGCCGCUCAUUGAUCGCUUCUGUGGGGGAAAGAACCCGGGCCUGGUUACAUCAACGGGGCGCUUCAUGUGGAUCAAGUUCACCAGCGACGAGGAGCUGGAAGGCCUGGGCUUUCGCAUUAAGUACACCUUCAUUGCAGACCCUGAUUUCCAUCUGCACGUGGGCGGACUGCUAAAUCCCAUCCCAGACUGUCAGUUUGAAAUCGGCGGAUGGGAUGGGGUUAUUCGCUCCAGUCAGGUGGAGGAGGAGGAGAAAGUGAAGCCUGGUGAUGCUCUGGACUGUAUCUGGACCAUAAGGGCUCCUCCUCAGUCCAAGAUCUACCUGCGCUUCAUGGAGUACCAGAUGGAACACUCUAACGAGUGCAAGAAGAACUUUGUGGCCGUGUACGACGGCAGCAGCGCCAUCGAGAACCUCAAGGCCAAGUUCUGUAGCACAGUGGCCAACGAUGUGAUGCUGGAUAACGGCGUGGGAGUCGUGCGAAUGUGGGCGGAUGAGAAGAGCCGCCUCAGCCGAUUCCGCAUGCUCUUCACCUCAUUUGUUGACCCCCCCUGUUCAGGCAAUUCAUUCUUCUGCCACAGCAACAUGUGCAUUAACAACUCCCUGGUGUGCAAUGGAGUUCAGAACUGUGUCUACCCAUGGGACGAAAACCACUGCAAAGAGAAGCAAUCCAAUGGGCUUUUUCAUCAGAUCACUAAGACCCACGGCACCGUCAUUGGUGUCUCAUCAGGCAUAGUUCUGGUUCUUCUUAUCAUCUCUAUCCUGGUCCAGAUGAAGCAGCCAAGGAAAAAGGUUGUAGCUCGCCGGCCCGGUGUUUUCAACAAGGCGGGCUUCCAGGAGGUCUUCGACCCGCCCCACUACGAGCUCUUCUCUCUACGGGACAAGGAGAUAUCGUCCGAUUUAGCUGACCUGUCUGAGGAGCUGGACAGCUUCCACAAGCUGCGGCGCUCCUCCACCAUGUCCCGCUGUGUCCACGAGCACCACUGCGGCUCGCAGGCCUCGGUGGCUACAGGCGGCGGCAGUAUGAAGCACAGCCGCACCACCCUGAGCUCCAUGGAGCUGUCCUACCACAACGACUUCUCCAAGCCGCCGCCCAUGAAGACUUUCAACUCCACCGCCAGCUACAAGAAGAGCUGCUACGGCUACAAGCAGCACUCACAGACUCACGACUGCGACCAGCAGGUCAUCGAAGACCGUGUCGCAGAGGAGCUCCCGUGUGAAAUCUAUGGCCGUGGUGGAGGAGUGGUGGGAGGAGGAGCCAUGGGUGGAGCAAUGGGAGGAGCAAUGGGAGGAGCAUCAGGGAUUGCAGGAGGAGGGAUCGGAGGAGCGGCGGGAAUAACGGGAGGAGUGGCGAUGGCGGGGGGAAUGGGUAUGGUGGGAGGAGUGGGCAUGGCGGGGCCCAGUGGCAUCGCUGGAGGGAUCGGCGGCGGGAUGGCAGGAGCCUGCGGAACCCUCAGUGUCCGUGGCAACAGCGCUCGUAACAGUACCACCAUAGUUGACCCACAGCAGCGCUCCAUGUCCAUGGACUUCUAGAUGGUGAACGGAGAAAUGGAACGCAGAGAGACCUCAUAUUUCACUCAUGGAAAGAAGAGACGGGAGAAGAAUAAAUGGGAAAGUCACAAUAAUCUUAAAUGGAUCACUCCUCUUCCCUCUUCUGCCUUUGCUUUCAAAGCAGUAUUUAAAGUAUUGCACUCAAAGUCUUGUCUGAUAGUUUGGGAAAUUGGUAGAUACGAACCAAGGAUCAAAAAGGGGAUAAAACAGGACUGUUUGGUUCUA